AUGACUUUUCAGGAAUGCACAAUAUGUUUAGCAUCAAUGAAAAGAGGUGAAGGCCAAGCCAUUUUCACUGCAGAGUGUUCACAUUCUUUCCAUUUUAGUUGUAUUGCUUCAAAUGUGAAAUAUGGAAACAAAAUCUGCCCGGUUUGCAGGGCGAAAUGGAAAGAAGUUCCAUUUCCAGCCACGACAAAUAACCCCCCAGUCGCACGACGACAUGUGCCAGCCCCUGUUAUUCCGGUUAAUGUGCCUGCUGUGUUUAAUGAUGACGAAGCAUUGGAUAUACCAAGCUCAAGCAACAAUACUACUGAUACAACGACAGCUGGAUCAUCUUUUAAUAGGUUAUUGAUGGAAACAUAUACUGAAGUUCCAGCCGUGCCACGGUUGACUGCUGUUGAUGAUUUUACGCUUUUGGUCCACCUCAAAGCGCCCCCUUCUACUUCUGGAGUUAACUCUAACCAAAAUUCACGAGCACCAGUUGAUCUUGUAACGGUUCUUGAUAUUAGUGGUUCGAUGUAUGGCACAAAGCUAGCAUUAGUUAAGCAGGCCAUGGGUUUCGUGAUAGAGAAUCUAGGACCGGCGGAUAGGCUGUCAGUGAUUGUCUUUUCUAACACUGCCCGUCGCCUCUUCCCACUCAAGAAAAUGUCGGAUACAGGGAAGCAACACGCCCUCCGGGCUGUCAAUUCCUUGGCAGCAAAUAGUAAGACAAAUAUUGCUGACGGGUUGAGAAUGAGUGGUAAAGUGAUGGAAGACCGCCGUGAGAAAAACCCCGUUGCUGGUAUAAUGCUCUUGUCAGAUGGUCAAGAUAGUUAUGGUAUGGACAGCAGUUUGGUUUUAAGGAUCCAAUUCCCGAUCCACGCCUUUGGAUUCGGAAACGACCAUGAUGCUACGUUGAUGCACUCAAUUUCUGAAAGAUCCAGGGGGACGUUUUCAUUCAUUGAAAAUGAAAGUGUGAUUCAAGAUGCGUUUGCUCAAUGCAUCGGUGGAAUUUUAAGUGUCGUGGUCAAAGGUAUACAGGUGACUAUUGAGAGUGCAAACCCGAACAUUCUAUUAAGAUCUUUGAAGGCCGGUAGUUACAAGAAUCAAUUGAUGCCAGAUAGGAAAUCGGGGAGUAUUGAUGUUGGGGAUUUGUAUGCUGAUGAAGAACGGGAUUUUCUCGUCUCUGUCAACAUACCAAAGGAGACAGAUGAGAGACCGGGGGAGAAAAAGAAAAAAAAGAAGAAGAAGUCGGGCGUGAAAGAGACGCCAUUAGUGAAGGUUAACUGUCAUUAUACCGAUCCAUUUACAAAAGAAACCGUUAGGUUGGUGAGUGAAAAUGUUAAAAUUAAAAGACCAGAAAAUGUUGGAGAAGAAAAUGUUGUUUCAAUUAUGGUUGAUAAACAAAGAAACCGGUUACAAUCAGCAGAGGCCAUGGAACAAGCAAGAAAAGCAGCCGAAGAGGGUGACUUAACACGAGCUGUUAGUAUACUUGAGAAAUUUCGGAAGGACCUCUCUGAAACUGUAUCUGCUAAAUCUGGAGACCGUCUUUGUAUGGCACUAGAUGCUGAGCUUAAGGAAAUGCAAGACAGAAUGGCUAGGAGACAUACGUAUGAGCGUUCAGGAAGAGCUUUUAUAUUAUCGGGUGUAAGCUCGCACAAGAGGCAAAGAGCCUCGGCUCGUGGAAGAACCUUUGGUGCAAGGCGGGGGGGUUAUGCCUAUCAAACUCCAGCAAUGGAUAAGAUGAUAGCACUGUCCAAGGCUUAUUCUGGUGUCAAAAGGAGUAAGAUCGGUCCAAGCUAG